AGGCCAGCAGGAACAGCAGCGACGCCUUCAUGGCUGGGGAGAGAGCAGAGCGCACGUUGUGGGGCGGCAGGGGGGCACGGGGGGGUCCCGAGCCCGUCCCCUUGCCAGCACGACCCUCUCCAGGGAUGUCCCCGCUCACCUGUGCCGGGCUCUGACGCGGGGGCAGCCCCGGGCUCCCUCUUUAUAGCCUCUGGGGGAUUCGUGCAAAGGUCAGGGCAGGGCGCGGGGGGGCUGCAGGGGCGCUGCGUCCAGCCAGGAGUUGGGAAAUCCCGCGGGGACGGAGCCCGCUGGGGCCCCGCGUGUCUGUGCGGGUGUGCCCGGAGCCGGGCAGCGCGGCGGGGGCACACGCGUGUGCGCAGCCAGCCCGGUGCCCGCGGAGGGGCAGCCCUGGGCACGCACGGCACAAGGGUGACAUCCAGCGGCCCUGUCCCCGGGCACGACGCCCUCGGGCACCGCGAGGCUCUUCGGACCUUGCCACUGUCCCCGCCACCGCCUGGCCGGUCCCUGCCCCUGCCCGCCGCGCCCUUUGCCCGCAGUGACACAUCGGCGCGGCUCCGCUGUCCCCGGGGGGGUGGGCUGGGCCGGGGGCUGCCCCCCGGGUGUGUGCCCAGAGCCCGGUGCCCACGGCCGGGGCACGAACGGGGCCCAGCGGCAUUCCCAGGCACCGUGUGGCUGCAGUGCCCUGCAGUGUUCCGGCCUCUUCCUGUGCCAGGGCUCCUUCCAGGAGCCUGGACCGGGAAGGAACGAUGGCAUCCCGCCUGUGUACAGCCUCGUGUGUCCCCCGGCUCCAUCACAGCCCCCCCCGAGCCCGUGUCCUGCCCGGCCCAGCCCGGCCGGUGGCAGAGCUGGGAGGUCUCUGCAGCAUCCCCAGCCCCCGUGUCCUGUCACGCUGCCACCCAUCCCACAACCACACACGGCAGGUACUGCCCUGCCAGAGCCACUGCCGCAGCCACAGAGCACUGAGGGGUCCCCAGCCCAGGUCCCUGUCCCCAGGAGGGGCUCGGGGUGUCCUGUGUACCCCCACCCCGUCUGUGCCUGUCACCCCCCGGGGGCUGGCGGGGCCAUGGGUGAUGCCAGGGCUCUGGGUGAUGUCAGGCCCGAGCACACGUCAGGCACUUCCACGUUGUGCCCGUGCUAAAGUCCAAGCCCUUGCUGUGUCACAGCCUGCGUGGAAGCGCUCGGGCUGCAUAAAUAGAGCUGGGAGCUGCCGGCUCUGCAGCUACCGCGGCACUGGCAGCACAGGUGAGGGCUGCAGGGGCUGCAGGGAGCCGGGAGGGAGCCGGGAGGGAGCCAGGGGGGAGCCAGGGGGGAGCCCGGCUCUCCACGGCCUCUGGCUGGGGGCUGCUGGUCCCUGGAGCUUCCUUCACCUCUCUCUGCUCCCACAGGAGUCCCCCGCGCUCAGGAUGGCGCCCAAGGCGGCCGCCCUUGUCCUGGUUCUCCUCGCGAUCUCAGGCUCCCGGGCUGAUGUGAACCCUGACGAGGUGGCCAGCGUGAUCUGGAAGUACUUCACGGAGCUGGGCAGCAAUGCCAAGGACACGGUGGAGCAGCUGCACCAGACCGAGCUCAGCAAGCAGCUCAACACCCUGCUGAAGAGCAACCUGCAGAGCGUCAGCGCCUACGCCGAGGACCUGCAGGAGCGGCUGGUGCCCUUCGCCGUGGACAUGCAGGCGCGGCUGGCGCAGGACUCGCAGCGGCUGAAGGAGCAGAUCCGGCGGGAGCUGCAGGAGCUGCAGGCCAAGCUGGCGCCCUACGCCGACGAGGUGCACCAGCAGAUCGGCACCAACAUCCGGCAGCUGCAGGCCAAGAUGAGCCCGUACGCCGAGGAGCUGCGCUCGCAGGUGGACCGCAGCGCCGGCGAGCUGAAGCGGGCGCUGGAGCCCUACGCGGCCGAGCUGCGGGAGCGGCUGCAGGACAACGCCGAGAGCAUCCAGGCCUCGCUGAGCCCCUACGCUGACCGCCUGCAGCAGCAGAUCGACGGCGGCGUGGAGAGCGUCAAGCAGCGGCUGGCGCCCGUGGCGGACGAGCUGAAGGCGCAGGUGGAGCAGAGCGUGGCCGAGCUGCGCAAAGGGCUCAGCCCCUACGCGCAGGAGGUGCAGGACGGCCUGAACCGGCAGCUGGACAGCCUGACCGUGCAGAUGGAGCGCGUGGCCGAGGAGCUGCGCUCCCGCCUGGCCGCCAGCUCCGAGGAGCUGCGCGCCCAGCUGAGCCCGCUGGCCCGGGAGCUGCGGGAGGCGGCGAGCGGCGACGCCGAGAGCCUCCGGCAGCGCCUGCAGCCCCUGGCGCAGCAGCUGGAGCAGCGCGUGGGGCAGACGCUGGAGACCUUCCGGCAGCAGGCGGCUCCCUUCGGAGAGACCUUCGGCAAGCAGCUGGUGCAGCGGCUGGAGGAGAUGCGCGGCAAGCUGGACUCGGGCGCGGCCGGCGUGGAGGAUCACCUGGAGCUGCUGGAGAAGGAGGUGCGGGAGAAGGUGGCUGCUUUCCUCAGCACCGCCGCGCCCCCGCAGAAUUAAACCGGCCGGCCACGCACAUUCCGAGCGUUCCUGGCCGCUUCCAGUGGUAGAAAUAAAUCUCCUUGUGAUGCACGUGCUGCUCCGUGUCCUUCCUUCCCACGGCAUCCCGCUGUCCGUCCUAGCCCGGGGGGGGACACCCGGGGCACCCUCG